CUACCUAGUGAAAUUUACUACAAAUUAUUUUUCUUAAAUUUCAGUUAUAAAAUUAUAUUGAGUAUAUUGUUGUCGUUGUUAUUCAAAGAUGUAAAAAUGUCAUCACGGCUUGAUACUAUUACCCAAAAAUUAUGUACAUGUUAAGUUGACAAACAAAUACACCAUACUAAUCGGCAUCCUAAUUGGGUCCAAAUAAUCAACGUACCCUAUUUUUCAACUUAACUUAUGCUGUAAUAUGACAUGACUUUGGAUAAUACAUGAUAGAAGGUUAAUAUUAGAACAGUGUUAUGCUCUCUUUACUAUUCGCUUUAAUAUGAAUUAAUCAUGAUUAACUAAUACGUAUACUUAUUAAAUUAUGUAAUUAUAAUAAAGUUAUAUAACUUGACGUAAAUCCCAAUACAAAUUUAUCGUAUUAAAGGAUAUGUACACAUAGUAAUUUGUACAUGACCAUUUUGUUUUCCGUUGUUUUAAUUUCAUCCAAUAAAUCCUCCGUGUAAGUAACGUAACAUAAAAUAUCUUAUCCUCUUUGAUUGAUAUUCCAAAAUAGGUGCCAUACAGUUCUCUUUAACAUUAUUAUAAAAUACCACAAUGUCACUCAAUGAAUGUAGGGAAACACAAUUAAAUUAUCAACCUUGAAUAUCCUGAAUACAAGGAAACUUUUAAAUCCAUUUUUAUCCCCCUAAAAAAUCGAAUCAAAAUGAAAGAAUCCUCAGAAUAAUACGAAAUACCAUAAAAAAUACACAAAUUAAUAGCCUAUAUACCAGAAAGUCCCUUCUUUUUUUCCUGCUAUUUUCACUAUUGUUAGAACCAGACAAUCAAAUCUGUGGCAAAAAAUAAAUAAAUUGAAAACCAAUUUAUACGUAUUAUUAUUAUUAUUAUAAACAUUCAAAUACCUGAAUGUUCUUGUCUUUGUUAUCUGAAUUCUUGAAACAUAAUAGUAAUAUUCUUAUUAUAAUUCUAAUUCUUCCCUUUGUGUAUAUUAAAUUUUUAAUUUCAUUUUUUGUUGUUGGGUUUUUGGCAUUUGGUUUGAUAAUGCCAAUAGAAGGUGUUUCCAUGGUGGAGGAACCUGUUUUAUGUGGUUCACCACUAGGGUCCAGCCCAACCUCCCCUAAGAGUAGGAUUAAAUUUCUGUGUAGCCAGGGAGGAAAAAUUCUUCCUCAACCAACUGAUGGCCACCUCAAGUAUGUUGGUGGCGAGACACGUGUUAUCUCUGUUCCUCGGGACAUUAAACUUUCAGAACUGAUGAAGAAGCUAACUCCUCAAAUUGAAGGUGAUAUGGUUCUGAAAUAUCAACUAGUACACGAGGAGCUUGAUGCCUUGAUCUCGGUUAAAACAGAUGAGGAUCUACGCCACAUGUUAGACGAAUAUGAUCGUUCUGAGAGUGCAGGGAUCCCCAGACUUCGUGCCUUUCUGUUCCCAGCAAAGCCUGUUGUGGUGGAUCACCACACAACGCCACCAGAACCUCUAGAACAACGAUACAUCGAUGCUAUUAAUGGUAUAAUACGUGCAAGGGAAGCAGGGAUUAGGAUACAACAACCUAUAAGCAUAAGUCAGGCCUCUUUUGGGUUUUCCUCUGCUUGUUCUUCACCAAGAUCUCCUGACAGUUGCACUACUGAUGGUGUUAUUCAUGAGUCAUUGCUACAAAGUAUUUUUCAAAAUAGAAGUCAAUUGCACAAAGUUCAGAGUUCCCCUAGCUUUUACAAUGUCAGUAACCAGCAGCAACAUGGGCUACAUCACCAACAGCAUCAUCACUAUUACAACCAUAGACAACAAUACUACAAUGGUUACCAGUUAAACAAACCUCCUCAUGGUCCUGGUGAUCCAGUCAAAGGGCCAGACAGGUUGUUUUCUGUUAGGUCUGUUGGUCGAACUGAAGGGUUAAGGUAUCAAAUGGAUCAUAAUCAACAUUACUAUCAAUCACCCUCGAGGCACAGCCGUGGUGGUGGCUGUUGUAUAAAAUGUAUGCAUUUUGAUGACUAUGAAAGGAGAAAUGGAAGUAUAUCACCGAGCAGUUACUCUAUGGAAAUAGGAAAUGGUUGUGCUUCUCCAGGAGGUUAUUCUGUGGAAAGAAGAACCAGUAGUCUUUCUCCCAGUCCCAUUCCACUAAGCCCUCGCUUCUCCAAUAUGGCUGAUACUUAAAAACACUGCAAUUUCCACAUAUGUUUGGCAAGAGUUCACAGCACACACAGCCCCACCCUAUUUGGUACAAGUUAUUGUACAGUAAAUAAUUAUUUAUUUUUAUCAUAUAAGAAGGGAUGUACAUUCGUCUUUUGCAUUUUACCAUGGACUUUGUAUAAUAAAUACUGAAAUUCUGAUGGGUUCCUCAGGAACAUCAUUUUGUACUUGCAAG